CCCGGCCCAGGGACUGCUGACCUCUGCUACAGGAGGAGGCCCCUCCACGCCCCCUUGCCAGCUUCAGCAGACAGAGACCCUGGGUGAGCUCCAGAGCCCCAAACAGCCACCCAUACCCCCUUGUCCCCGCCUGCUUCCCCCUCCCCCUCCUCUUCCUCCUCCUCUUCGGACUGAAUCAGAUAAGCCAUUGUGGCCACUGGGAGGGGGGUUGCCCUCCAAGCUGUCACCGGCUGCCCCUUGCAGUCCACAGAGUAACCGUGGUCCUCACCAGGCCUGGCAGGACCAGGAUGCAGCCCCUUCUCUUCCCCCACGGCCCCACCCAACACCCCCACCUGUGCCAACGUCCAGUCUGACUGUAGAGAGCCGGAUGCCAGCUGACCCUGGGCCUGAGGUGGGCAGUGGAUGGCCGGGCCUCCUCAUGUCCUGCCUGAAAGGCCCCCAUGUCAUCCUCAAAAUGGAGGCCAUGAAGAUUGUCCACCCUGAAAAGUUCCCUGAGCUCCCGGCGGCCACCCCCUGCUUCCCUCCUGCACCCAGGCCCACUCCCACUCUGGCACCCAAGCGUGCUUGGCCCUCAGACACAGAGAUCAUUGUCAACCAGGCAUGUGGGGGGGACAUGCCUACCUUGGAAGGAGCAUCCCACACUCCACCCUUGCCAAGGCGGCCCCGCAAAGGCAGUUCUGAGUUGGGCUUCCCCCGGGUGGCACCAGUGGAUGAGGUCAUUGUAAAUCAGUAUGUGAUUCGACCUGGCCCAACAGCCUCUGCACCUUCAUCGUCUGGGCCAGUGAUAGCAGGUGAGCCCCUGGAAUGCCCCACCUGUGGGCAUACAUACAACGUCACUCAACGGCGGCCCCGUGUGCUGUCUUGCCUGCACUCCGUGUGUGAGCAGUGCCUGCAGAUUCUUUAUGAGUCUUGCCCUAAGUACAAGUUCAUCUCCUGUCCCACCUGCCACCGUGAGACUGUGCUCUUCACUGACUAUGGCCUGGCUGCACUGGCUGUCAACACAUCCAUCCUGAGCCGCUUGCCACCUGAAGCCCUGACUGCCCCAUCCGGUGGACAGUGGGGGGGUGAAUCUGAAGGCAGCUGCUACCAGACCUUCCGGCAGUACUGUGGAGCUGCAUGCACCUGCCAUGUGCGGAACCCACUAUCUGCCUGUUCCAUCAUGUAGUGUCCACCUGCCCACUACUGCCUGCAGGUCCUUGCUCGCCGCUUCUUCAGGGAACUGGCUUUGUCCUGUUGCCCGCUGACCCUUUCUUGCCCACUGUGGCUUCUGGCCCUACCCUGCGUGGCAUUGUCGCUGCAGCCAACUUUGCCAUUAAAACUCUUUGCCAAAGUU